CUUUCUAUUUCUUUAAGUGACGUGGCCAACACUUGCUAGUAAUUAAGUCAUGCUUAUCUCGAUUCUGAUUUCUGAGGUGCAACUUCUUUCUUGACCUGGAGGUAAUCCCACUGACUAGAAUUCUCUGCAAUAAUAAAAACACCAUAGCAGUGUCUAACUUCAUUAUUAAUUACUGUAGCCCAGGCACGCAUAUUUUGACUUGUGGGUGGGUUUGCUCAGGUUAUGGAUGAAAAGUAUGAUGUGUUUCUAAGUUUCAGAGGUGAGGACACCCGCUAUACGUUCACCAGCCAUCUUCAUGCUGCUUUGCUUGGGAAGAAAAUUCAGACCUACAUAGAUAACAAUCUCGAGAGAGGAGAUGAAAUUGCACCUGCCCUUCUUGAAGCAAUAGAGAAAUCAAAGCUUUCGAUAAUCAUUUUCUCAAAAAACUAUGCUUCUUCCACUUGGUGUCUGGAUGAACUUGUGCAUAUUCUAGAAUGCAAGGGAAGAGAUGGGCAGUUUGUUAUACCGAUCUUUUACGACAUCGAACCAUCACAUGUACGUAAGCAGCAGGGUAGUUAUGCAGAUGCACUUGCUCAACUUGAAGAACGUUUCAAGGACAAUAUGGACAAGGUGCACAAGUGGAGGGUUGCUUUGAGGAAGGCAGCCAAAAUAUCAGGGUUUGAUAAUUCAAGCAAAACCGGGCUAGAGUCUGAUUUAGUUAAGAAAGUUGUCAAAGAUGUUUUGAGCAAAUUGAACCGCAAAACAUCAAGUGAUUUAAAGGGCUUGGUUGGAAUUGAAAACCGCAUCGAGGAAAUUGAGUCAUUAUUAUGCAUUGAUGAUGAUUCGCUAGAUGCUUACAGUGUUGGUAUUUGGGGCAUGGGUGGUAUUGGCAAGACCACUCUUGCUGAUGCUACAUUUCACCGAAUCUCUUCUAAAUUCGAAGCUGCUUGUUUUCUUGCAAAUGUUAGGGUGAAAUCAGAAGAAAAAGAUGGACUAAUUCACUUGCGAAAUACACUUCUUCAGAAGAUAUUAGAUGAUGAGAAUCUAAAUAUCGACACUCCAUCUAUAGGAUCUGAUCUUGUUAGAGAGAGGCUAAGUCGUACAAAGGUCCUCAUUGUUCUUGAUGAUGUGAAUGACUCAAGCCAAAUAGAACUUCUAGCUGGAGAUCAUGCUCGGUUUGGCCCCGGAAGUAGAAUCCUUAUAACAACUAGAGAUAGGAGCCUACUUAAGAAAACUGUUGAAGAUGAUAAGAUAUACAAGGUUAAGGCAUUAACACACGAUGAAGCUCUUCAACUUUUUCAUUUGAAUGCUUUCAAAAAUAACGCUCCUAGAACAGAUUAUACAGAGUUGGCUGAAAUGGUGGUGGGUUAUGCUGGAGGCAUUCCAUUAGGUGUUCAAAUUUUGGGUUCCUCAUUCCUUCACUGUGAGAGCAAAGAAGAUUGGCUAGAUGAGUUGAUCAAAUUCAAAGAAGUUCUAAGCAAAAAGAUCCAGAAGGUGUUGAGACCUUUUGAUGGAUUGGAAGAGAAUGUGAAGGAGGUGUUUCUUGAUAUAGCAUGUUUUAAUAAAGUGGAGACGGAGUAUAUUGUACAAAGAAUGCUAGAUGCUAGUGGUUUUCGUCGAGCAAUUAGAGUUCUUAGUGAUAAGUCUCUCAUAUCAAUUUCAGAAAGCAUGUUCAUUGAAAUGCAUGAUUUGCUACAAGACAUGGGCAGGGAAAUUGUUCGCGAACAAUGUAUUGAAGAGCCCGGGAAACGCAGUAGGUUGUUUAUGGCUGAGGAUGUCUAUCACAUGUUGAAAAACAAUACGGGAACUGCAACGGUUCAAGCCAUAUUCUUUAACAUGUCUGAGAUUGGACAGCCACACUUGAAUCAUGCAGACUUCAAAAAGAUGUAUAAUCUAAGAUUGCUUCAUGUUGACAAUUCUAGAUUUGGAAAUUACUGGGAUUUGGAAGUUUCUCUUCCCAAUUCUCUUAGUUAUCUUUGCUGGGUGGGAUAUCAAUUGAAAUCAUUGCCAUCAGAAUUUUCUCCAAAAAAUCUUGUCGAGCUUCGAAUGUCCUACAGCAAUGUGGAACAACUUUGGAAUGAAGGCCAGAAUCUUGGGAAUUUAAAAGUGAUCGAUCUUAGUUACUCCAGAAAACUGACUGAAGUUCCAGAUCUCUCUGAGAGUCCAAAUGUUGAAUAUAUAAAUCUUGAAGAAUGCACAAGUUUGGUUCAAAUUCCUUGUUAUCAAAGUCUUGACAAGCUGACUUAUCUUAACAUGGGAGGCUGCUCGAAUCUCAAAUCUCUUCCAGAGAUACCAGGAAAUGUUGAAUACUUAGAUAUAAGUAGCACUGCAAUAAAAAAUUUGCCUUCAUCAGUUUGGACUAAUGAAAAAUUAUCUUUCUUGGAUAUUGAAUGGUGUAAGGACCUUAAGAAUCUACCCAGCAGCAGUUGUAAGCUAAAAUUACGUCAUUUGAGUUUACGGGGCUGCUCAUCUCUUGGCAAGUUUUCCGAGCUUCCCAGGAAUAUGACCGAGUUAGAGUUGACUGAGACAUCAAUGAAAGUAUUGCCCUCGUCAAUUGAGCAUCUCUCUUGUCUCAAGAAAAUUGUACUGGAAAAUUGUGGAAGGUUUGCGAGCCUCCCAAUGAGCAUCUGUAAGUUGAAUUCUCUUGAGAGACUUAUUAUCACUCGUUGCUUCAAAUUUAAAUACUUCCCAAAAAUAUUGGAGCCUAUGGAGCAUCUAAACUUUCUUAGUUUAUCAGAAACAGCAGUUAAAAAGCUACCCUCGUCGAUUGAAAAUCUAAUUGCGCUUCAAACAUUAGAGCUGUAUCGGUGCAAAAACCUUAAGUUUGUCCCGAGUAGCAUCUACAAUUUAAAAUGUCUUAAAACUCUCAUGUUUGGUGGCUGUUCGAAACUUAAAAACUUGCCUUCCUUCUCUGUUGGUUUGUGGUCUUUGGAAGAACUAAACCUCAGUUAUUGUGGUAUAUCAGAGAUCCAUGAUUCCCUCAUUUGCUUAACCACAUUACGAGAUUUAGAUCUAAGUGGAACCAAGAUCAGGAGCUUACCUGCAAGCAUCAAACAAGUUUCUCAGCUGUCUAUACUGCGCUUAACCAAUUGCAAGAGGCUUCAAUCUUUACCAGAGCUCCCAGUACUUCUAGACAUUCUUGAAGCACAUGGUUGCACUUCGCUUAAGACACUGCAAAGUUCAAGGACUGCACUCACACAACAUUCCGAUGAAUCUUCUCAUCCGUCCGACGAACUAAAAGUAGAAGAAGAUAUUAAAACUGAGAGAGCUGGUGAUGAGUAUGAAGCAAGUGGAAGUGAUACUUUCGGCGCCCUGUGUGCAAGGGCAUGGAAGUGGGAGUGUAUAAGGAACCACAAGGGAAAUACCUCUUCAGACAAUUGAAAAGGGAAAAGGAAAGUGUAAAACACAUUUUUGGCGCCCUGUGUGCAUGGUAGAAGUCUUUUUUCACCUGAAUUUAUUUGGCUGUUGUGAAAACUAUGGAGAGGAAUAGAAAAGCACAAACUUGAACUUCUCGACUUUAUCUUACAAAAACUUGCUUCCUUUUUAAGCUUGAUUUUCUGUUUAGUUUAAGGAAACUUUUGUAAUUCUCAUUUGGUCUGUUUACAUAGUUUUCGAAUUUCUGGCAUUGGCUUGUCUCGAUUCUCUGUAGUUCAAUUUGGGUUUCAAGAAAUUGUGUGAUUGUUAUUGGAAGCCUGUGUGUAAUGAAAAGAGAAUCUGUUAAUUUA